AACCGCACCAUUCGGAAGCGUUUUGUCCGAUCUCUGAUUCCGGGGAAUCAACGAUUUACGCCUGAUACCAAGAUUCCGGCACCGAUGGAGUCACACGGCGUCGGUCUCCGCCGUGUUUUGGAGCUCGCAUUUUGCGUCGCCGGUAUUUGGACAGCUUAUAUAUACCAAGGCGUUCUUCAAGAGACUGUGUCUACUAAGCGAUUUGGACCAGAGAAUGAGAGGUUCGAACAUCUAGCAUUCUUGAAUUUAGCACAAAGUGCUGUUUGUUUCAUAUGGUCAUUCAUGAUGAUAAAGCUGUGGCCCAGUGGUAGCACUGGUCAUGCUCCAUGGUGGAGUUACUGGAGUGCUGGCAUUACAAAUACAAUUGGCCCAGCUAUGGGAAUUGAAGCUCUAAAAUACAUCAGUUAUCCUGCUCAGGUACUUGCAAAAUCCUCAAAGAUGAUUCCAGUGAUGCUAAUGGGAACACUAGUGUAUGGCAUUAGAUACAGUUUUCCUGAGUAUCUUUGUACAAUUCUUGUUGCUGGUGGGGUAUCUGCUUUUGCUCUUGCAAAGACUAGCUCAAAGACUAUAAGCAAGUUGGCUCAUCCUAAUGCCCCACUUGGAUACGGAUUAUGUUUUUUAAAUUUGGCUUUUGAUGGUUUCACAAAUGCUACACAAGAUUCAAUCUCAACAAGGUAUCCAAAGACAAGUGCAUGGGACAUAAUGUUAGGAAUGAACUUAUGGGGAACAAUCUACAACUUAGUUUUCAUGUUUGGGUGGCCCCACGCGAGUGGCUACCAAGCCAUUAAUUUUUGCAAGCACCACCCAGAGGCCGCAUGGGACAUUUUAUACUAUUGUCUAUGUGGUGCGGUUGGCCAAAAUUUUAUAUUUUUUACAAUUAGCCGAUUUGGGUCUUUAACAAACACAACAAUCACAACAACCCGAAAAUUCGUGAGCAUUGUGGUGUCAUCGGUUCUUAGUGGGAAUCCAUUGUCUCAAAAGCAAUGGGGGAGUGUGUUCAUGGUGUUUAGUGGCUUGUCUUAUCAAAUUUACCUUAAAUGGAAAAAGAUACAAAGAAUGCAAAAGAAGAGGAAAACUACUUAGAGUUUUAUAGAUAUAUAUAUAUUUUUAACAUGGUAUCAGAGCAAAAUAUUAUUCGGACCCUGAUUUUAUUUGGGGUUUUGUGUUUUUAAAGGUAGGGGGAGUGUGACUGAUUGGGUUUUAUAUAGUGUUACGGAGGAGAUUUGGUGUAAGGGAGUUUAUGAAUUAUGAUAUAGCACAUUAAAUUGUGAAUUGUAAAUUUACAAUGUGUUUUUGUGAGGUAUUUAUAAUCAAAUAUUUUGUUUUGGUG